CCCAAAUUCUUCAGAUCUCUCCGAGCGUGCUGAGAAGAUGGUCGGCGAGCAGGCUCGGCCGGAGAUUGGCCGCCGUCCACCUGGGCGGAGGCGGGGCAGCCGGGUGUCUCAGCCGAAGAAGAAAAUAUCUGACAUGCUCGGUCCUCAAUGGAGUAAAGAAGAGCUUGAGCGUUUCUAUGAAGCCUAUCGCAAGUAUGGGAAAGAUUGGAAAAAGGUGGCUGGUUCUGUAAGGAACAAUAGAUCGCCAGAUAUGGUGGAAACACUCUACAACAUGAAUAAGGCAUACUUAUCCCUUCCGGAAGGAACAGCUACCUUAGCUGGAUUAAUUGCAAUGAUGACUGAUCACUACAAUAUCAUGGACGCUAGUAACAGUGACAGAGAGAGUAAUGAUGUAUCAAGAACACCUCGCAAACCUCAACAACGAAGUCGAGGAAAAGUUAGACUUAUAUCAAAAGGCUCUGAUGGGAAUUCUCCAGAUCAUUUGCAAAAUCAGUCUACCUCGUCAAGUUAUGGGUGCUUAUCCUUACUGAAAAAGAAGCGUUCUGGAGAUAUCUUUGCAGGGAGCCAACCUCGUGCUGUUGGAAAGAGGACUCCUCGCAUCCCUGUUUCAUAUGCAUAUGGGAAAGAUGAUCGGGCAAAGUUUACUCCUACAAAACCGGGUGUUAGAUCUGGAGUCAAUUCUGCUGACGAUGAAGGUGCCCAUGUUGCAGCAUUGGCUUUGGCAGAGGCUUCCCAGAGAGGAGGCUCUCCUCAGAUUUCUCGAACACCUGGAAGAAGGACAGAUCAUGUCAGAUCCUCUCCCCCGCCAAGUGAUGGAAGAAAGAAUGGUGAUUCAGAGAUGGUCAAUUCUAAAUUUACUUGUGAUGGUGGAGAUGCUAUGGAAGGUAGUUUAGAGAGCAGAGAAGCUGAGAAUGCUGAUUUUGGCAAAGAUAUUAAUUACCUUAUGGAAACUGAAGGUGCUGGCACAACUGAAAUCCUUGAGAAGGUCAAGAGGCUUCCGGGAAAGGCUUCUAAAGAAAAUGGAAGUGCUCAUUUAGAUGAUGAAAGGGAAGCAUGUAGUGGUACUGAAGAGGGGCUUAAUAUAAGAAAAGUUAAAGACGAAGAAGAUGUUGAGGUUGCAGAUGGUAAAUAUGCACAGGUUUCUAGAGGUUCGAGGAAGAGAAGUCGACAAUUAUAUUUUGGAGAUGAAAGCUCUGGCCUAGAUGCUCUGGAGACAUUAGCGGAUUUGUCUUUAAAUAUCCUGAUGCCUGCCUCUACAGUUGAAUCUGAGUCAUCUGUCCAAGUCAAGGAAGAAGAGAAAAAUAUUGAUGUUGAUGAGAAGCCAAGUGUAGCUGAAUCACUGCCCAUUAAUCAUCAUAGGGAACGGUCUAAAAUUUCAGGGAAAAAAGAGAAGAGUAUAUCUGCUGUUGGUGGGGUGGAUGUUGUUACUCGCAGAAGUUCUAAACUUUUAAAGGGAAUGCCGUACGAUUCAAAGGCUUUGAAUGAACUAAAGGAUGAAAUCUGUGCAUCUAGCAGUAGGGCAAUGAGAAAAAGAAAGCGGAAACCUAUGAAUGAAAAAGUUUCAAAAUCUGAUCCAGAUAAUGAAUAUUGUGCUAGUGAAUCUCAGAAGAUGGAGGCAUCAAUGGAAGAAGGUAAGAGAUCCACCAUCAAGUCCAAACGGGUUAAUCAAGGAACCCCACCCGCAAAGCAAGGAAAACUUGUCAAGCCAUUGGAGCGUUCCUCUCCAAAUGCUGAUUCUGGAAGAGCAGCAAGAGAUUUGACUGAAGCAACUGCACAGAUUUCCAUGACAAAACAAAGUAGUCUGCCAACCAAAGCUAGGACCCUACGCAAAUCAGAACUUAAAGCAUUGGCUCAGAAGGAUUUGAAGCCUAGUGAAAAUUCUACAGAUGAACAUCUUGACCAAUCUGUAUAUCCAGUCAAUGACAAGUCAAUUUUACUCAAGGAAAAAUUUUCUCAUUGCGUGGGUUCUCGGUCACUACGGAGAUGGUGUGUAUAUGAGUGGUUUUACAGUGCAAUUGAUUACCCUUGGUUUGCUAAAAGUGAGUUUGUUGAGUACCUGAAUCAUGUAAGAUUGGGCCAUAUACCAAGGCUAACUCGUGUUGAAUGGGGUGUCAUACGAAGUUCUCUUGGGAAGCCGCGCCGAUUGUCGGAUCACUUUCUACGAGAAGAAAGGGAAAAACUAGAACAGUAUCGUGAAUCAGUCAGGACGCAUUAUUCGGAACUGCGAUCUGGUGUUAGGGAUGGACUCCCAACAGAUUUGGCUAGGCCUUUGUCUGUGGGACAGAGGGUUAUAGCAUAUCAUCCAAAAACUAGAGAAAUUCAUGAUGGCAGUAUUCUGACUGUUGACUCUAAUCGGUGCAGAGUUCAAUUUGAUCGGCCUGACUUAGGAGUUGAGUUUGUUAUGGAUAUCAAUUGCAUGCCUUUGAAUCCAUCAGAAAAUAUGCCUGAAGUUCUUAGAAGACAGAAUAUUGGAGUUGAUAGAUACUGCAACAGCCUUACUGAUAUAAAGCUAGAUGAUCAACCUAAGGAUUGGAAGAUCAAAGGGGCUCCAAAAUCUGGACUUGCGGAGAAUUUAGAUAUGACAGAUGGGAUUGCUCAUAUUACUUCCAAUUAUUCAAUGAAUACCUUACUGAAGCAAGCGAAGGAAGACACAGUUGAUGCUACUGUACAGGCUAAAGCUGCUGCAAAUGAAGUUGCUGUAGCUGCACAACAGGCAAUGUAUAGCCAACCAUGCACAUUGGCACAGUUACAAGCAAGGGAAGCGGAUAUAAGAGCUCUCACUGAGUUGACUCGUGCACUUGAUAAGAAGGAAGCCUUGCUUUUAGAAUUGAGGCAUAUGAAUGAGGAAGUAUCUGGAAAGCAAAAGGAUGGUGACUUUAUCAAGGAUUUUGAAAUUUUUAAGAAACAGUAUGCUUUGGUACUCUUGCAGCUACGAGAUGCGAAUGACCAGGUUGCAGCAGCUCUGCUUUAUUUAAGGCAGCGUAAUUCCUAUAAUGGCAACUCCACACCUCCAUGGAUCAGGCCCAUGGAAAAUUCUGAGGGCCCUGCUUUACCUCCAUCAUCAUUCAAUCCCUCUGCUUUUCUCAAUCGUGAGGCUGGAUGUCAUGUUGUGGAAAUUGUUGAUACAUCACGCAGGAAAGCCAGGGUGUUAGUUGGUGCGGCUGUUCAGGCUGUAUGUUCGUUGAAGGAAGGGGAUGAUGCUUUUGUUCGGGUUGGGGAGGCCUUGGAUUUUCCAAACAGCCGGAACUCUGAACCUUGUGUUAACUCGAGGCAAGUCCAUGCUGAUUCAGGACCUGGAAAUUCUGUAAAUCAGGAAAACACAUCCCCGUGUUUGUCUGAGCCAACAAUGUUGGGUCCCCUUGGUUCAAAACCCCAAAUUUCUUCCGAUUCAAAUGGGACUCAUUAUCCUUCAGAGUUAAUUACAUCCUGCGUCGCCACAUUGCUCAUGAUACAGACGUGCACUGAACGACAAUACCCACCUGCCGAGGUUGCUCAAAUUCUUGAUUCUGCACUCACCAGUUUGCAGCCUUACAGUCAGCAAAACCUUCCAGUUUACAGAGAGAUUGAGACAUGCAUGGGCAUCAUAAAAAAUCAAAUGCUUGCUCUGCUACCCACUCCCAGUGCAGUGGAAACCCCGAUCAUGUGAACAAGUAGAAGUUUCUUUGUUAGAGAUUGUAUCCAUAUUCAUCCUUCAUGUCCUUAUAGUGGUGGCCAAAGAUGAUGCCUCAUUGGCUUCCCAUGCUAUUUGUACGAGUCAUGCAUUUCAUGAUUUCUCUCUCCAAUUCAUUGGCAUAGUGUAUUUGGUUUGUUUUGCGUUCUUUCUUGAUUUCACCUGAUUAGCACUUUGUGGAUGCAUGUACAUAAAGUGAAGGUUAAUGAGGAAUAACAGAUGCAUGCAAAUACAAUGAGCAAGCAGAGUUGUGGGGGAAGUGAUUAAAGUUUAAUGCUCAUUUUUAUGUUGUUGCC